UGUUCAGGUUCCAGCACACACCCUUCACUGAGAUAAGGCUUUCUGGUAAUUCCGAACCAUAUUUUUGUAAUGAUUAACUGUUCCGCACAUAGGGACGAGUCUGAAGGACCGCAUUUAGGAAUGAAAGCACCAUAAGGACUGAGAGACGACUUGAGCAGAGCUGAGGAGUAGCACCAAUCCUUCUGAGUGAAAUGAAAAAGAGAUGACAAUGUGGUUCACACCGUUGCCCACACUUCUCUGGCUUCUAUCUGCAGUCACUCUCACAACACAAGAGUUGGUGAAACUAAGUGUGACUCCCAGGCUUACUGCAGAAUGCGAUCAACAGGUUGCCCUAAGCUGCAACGUGUCCUCAUCUCGAAAUGGACUAUUAAUCAAACACAUGGGGUGGUUCCAAAAGAACACACCUUACUGUUCUGUGGACAGUGAAGGAAAAGUCACACACCACAAGGGCACUCUGAGCCACUUCCGUUGUACGUAUAACCAUGGUGAACUUUCCCUCAUCUUCAAAAAAGUGCAGCCACUGGAGAGCGGAAAGAACUUCAUGUGCAAACUACAAUCCAACCGGGGAGCUCGGCAGGCAUACACAAGAGUGGAAUUACAAGAGUGUUGUGGGAUCGCUGAGGGUUUUGUGACUGGUGACCAGGCGUCCUGCACAUUUAAACACGUCCACCCAGACGGAGAUGUGCACUGGUUCCACGGCUCCCACAAUCUCUCAGACGGGUCUGUGAAGCAGAACACUUCUAAGAGUGUGGACAAAGGAGGUUGGCUGACCAUCCAUAGUACUCUGGAGCGGAAAAGUUCAGACAUACCCUACAACUGUUCCUUGAAGAGCACCGCAUCUGGGAGAUACAUUGCAACUACUUUGGCUCAAAACACACAAUCCUUUUUCAGGGUGCCCUUGCAAGAGGGACAGAUGAGAAACGGGGUUGGAUCACAGGGACCUAUGUGGACAUUUUUGUGUUUCUCAAUCUUAUUUCCUGUUACACUGAAAUAAUGGUAUCAGGGUGAUGAUUAACAUAGGGACAAUGAGGUACUGAGAUUCGUUUCUUUUUUCUAAUCCGAGGCUCCAGCGCUCUCAGUGUCCAAAGUCCAAAGGUGUAUUAUUCUUCCUUUUAUAGCUUGAUUGAAGUGAACAAUGACAUUUACAGGGUGCUGAAAGACUGAUAAUCAUUACACUGUAUAAAAUACCUUUGUUGUUUGUUUCGGUAGAGAGUCACGGAUGAGGGAGCAGAGUCUAUUGGUUUCAUUACGCUCAAAUACACAUAGAUACACACUCUCAUAGAGCUGCAAAUGUUCAAAAAGUCAUUUUGGCUGCUGGUUCAAUUCAGCAUUCAGUUUAUAUAUAAACCUUAUAGCCACAAUUUAUCAUGUAUUUACUUUCAAGAGAGUGAGAUGAAAAUGUCUGUUGACAGGUGUGUCCACAGCAUGGUUGUUUAUGGGUGACUGCUGUGUGAAUGCACGCUUUUUGCAAAAGCACCAUGGGAAAAGGAAAAUAAAUCUGGCCAUCUUGAGCAGAAUGCAGACCUCAAAAGACGGGCUCUGCCGUGAAUUCCCCUCAGAGACACAGAACCCUUUGUGUGUGAAAUUUCAAAUAGAUGUAAACAGCAAGUCUCAGUCACGUAACAACAACUCUGUCCAUGGUUAGUGGAUGGAUGCUGCCCUCUGGUGGACAAGUUGUGAUCAGUGUGAGAUACGGCUGUGGCUUUACAUCCUUAAAAAGAAAGUGCCACCUUUAGAUAUUAAUGUUAAUCUGUGAGCCAUAUCAACAUCAAGGUAAUCAUUCUGUUCAAUUUUGACAUCAUAUCAACAUUUAAAUCUCCAAUUAAUCUGUAAUUUUAUUCUAUCCAUAUAAACAUGCAUAGGAACAUUAAAAAAAGAAGAAAAUUUACUGUAACUCUUCCACUACUCGUGUUUCUCAGCAAUAAACACAUUCUCAUUACAGCACACUGAUUUAAAUGACAGCCCCACACUGUUGCAAUAGCAGCAAAUGUCAAAAAGGAGAAUUGAGUGGCUGUAAAAAAGCUAAUUUAGUUGAGUAUCUCAAAUCAGGGCAAAAACACCAAAACUAUCUGCAUGGCUACACAACACUAUAGCUAAGUGUGAAAAUAUAUCUUUUAAUCAUUAUUUGAGAAGGCUGUUCUCAUUCAAUGUACGCACUUAAACCUAUGAAAAGUAACACACUAAACUCCUAUAUAAACAACAUAAUUGUGUGCCGUGAGCAAAGGCAUGCAGGGCUGCUUCAAAGGAGGAAUGACAUAG